CUAGGACGUAUAUCAUAUAUUGUAAUGCCCGGCUGUGUCUCCGGCAAUGGCUGCUGUGACUGGAUGAAAACGUGUGUGGCAUCUCCUUUGUCCGUGUGGGUCGUCUCUGUAGGUGCUGCUUUUGGCUCCAGUGAGGAUACGUGUCUGAGGCAGUCUAGCGCCUUGCAUGUCUUCAGUUUUAGGUUUCACAGAGAUGGACAACAAGGGAUUUCGCCGCACCAGCCUCAGUAGUUUCCACAGCAACACGAGUGAUGAAGAUAUGGUUGAAAUUACAGAUGCCACCUUGGAUUUUGCCAUGUCUGAUGAUGUUCCACCUAUUGACCGAGAGAUGGCUGAAGGUUUUACUGCAUAUAAUGGGAACGGCUUACAUGGCACGAGCAAUGUGAUGGACUUCUUAGAGGUGCCUGGAGUGGGGACUUAUGAAGACUUUAACACUAUUGACUGGGUGCGAGAGAAGUCUAGAGACAGGGACCGGCACAGAGAGAUCCUGAGCAAGAGUAAAGAGUCGCCAUGGGCACUACUGCACAGUGUCAGCGAUGCAUUUUCUGGGUGGUUGUUAAUGCUGCUGAUUGGCCUUUCUGCAGGCUCCUUAGCUGGACUGAUUGACAUAUCCUCUCAUUGGAUGACUGACCUAAAGGAUGGCAUAUGUGUGGAGUGGUUCUGGUUUAACCAUGAGCAGUGCUGUUGGAAGUCUGAUAAUGUGACUUUUGACAACCGAAAUAUAUGUCCAGAGUGGAGAAACUGGUCUCAAAUAAUAAUUGGCCGAUCUGAGGGAGCUUUUCCAUACAUACUGGAUUACAUCAUGUAUAUUCUAUGGGCUCUACUUUUCUCUCUCCUUGCGGUCUUGCUAGUUCGAAACUUUGCCCCAUAUGCCUGUGGCUCAGGAAUCCCUGAGAUUAAAACCAUACUGAGUGGAUUUAUUAUUCGUGGAUACCUGGGAAAGUGGACGCUGAUUAUCAAGACCAUGACACUGGUACUGGCUGUCUCUUCUGGUCUCAGCUUAGGAAAGGAGGGACCCUUGAUUCACGUGGCAUGCUGUUGUGGUAAUAUUUUGUGCCAUCUCUUCACCAAGUAUCGUAAAAAUGAAGCCAAGAGAAGAGAGGUGCUAUCUGCAGCCGCUGCCGCCGGGGUCUCUGUGGCUUUUGGUGCCCCCAUUGGAGGAGUCCUUUUCAGUCUGGAGGAGGUGAGUUAUUACUUCCCACUGAAGACUCUGUGGAGGUCCUUUUUUGCUGCAUUAGUAGCAGCUUUUACAUUACGCUCCAUUAACCCUUUUGGCAAUAGCCGCUUAGUGCUCUUUUAUGUUGAGUUUCAUGCUCCCUGGCAUCUACUAGAGCUCAUCCCAUUCAUUCUUCUGGGAAUAUUUGGAGGCUUAUGGGGUGCUCUCUUCAUUCGAGGGAAUAUUGCUUGGUGCCGUAAAAGAAAGACUACUAAGCUGGGUCGCUAUCCUGUGGCUGAAGUCCUAGUGGUCACAGCAAUCACUGCAGUUAUAUCGUUUCCUAAUGACUACACUCGAACAAGUUCAAGUGAACUGAUAUCUGAGCUUUUCAAUGACUGUGGCUUGCUAGAUUCAUCCAAACUUUGUGACUACAAUAAUGAUUUUAACAGCACCAACGUGGGCAACCUGCCAGACCGAUCAGCCCGUAGCGGAGUCUACACCGCAUUGUGGCAGCUCUCCUUAGCUUUGAUCUUCAAAGCUGUGAUCACCAUCUUCACUUUUGGCAUGAAGGUGCCUUCUGGACUUUUUAUACCAAGCAUGGCUGUUGGUGCAAUAAUGGGAAGGCUAAUGGGAGUGUGUAUGGAACAACUGGCCUUCUAUCACCAUGAUUGGCCUAUCUUCAAGGGAUGGUGUAGCCAAGGGGCAGACUGCAUUACUCCAGGCCUUUAUGCUAUGGUAGGAGCAGCUGCUUGUCUAGGUGGAGCUACUCGCAUGACAGUCUCACUUGUAGUCAUCAUGUUUGAAUUGACUGGUGGAUUGGAGUACAUUGUGCCUUUAAUGGCCGCGGCCAUGACUAGCAAGUGGGUGGCAGAUGCUUUAGGAAGGGAAAGUAUCUACGAUGCCCAUAUCCGCUUGAAUGGUUACCCCUUUCUGGAGGCCAAAGAGGAGUUCAGCCAUAAAACUCUUGCAAUGGAUGUAAUGCGACCACGACGUAAUGACCCAACGCUAACCGUCAUCACUCAAGAUAGUAUGACAGUGGGUGACAUUGAGGCGACAAUUACUGAAACUACAUACAGUGGGUUCCCUGUUGUAGUUUCUCGAGAAUCUCAGAGGCUUGUGGGUUUUGUGUUGAGGCGAGAUUUAAUCAUUUCAAUUGAGAGUGCCAGGAAGAAACAAGAUGGCAUAGUGAGCUCAUCCAGGAUUUACUUUACAGAGCACACUCCACCGCAGCUGCCUACAGCUCCGCCUAGCUUAAAGCUCCACAGUAUUAUGGACCUCAGUCCUUUUACAAUCACGGACCAGACACCAAUGGAGAUUGUGGUUGACAUUUUCCGCAAGCUUGGAUUACGCCAGUGCCUAGUAACACACAAUGGGAGAUUAUUGGGCAUUAUAACAAAGAAGGAUGUUCUCAAACACAUAGCACAGAUGGCCAAUCAAGAUCCAGACUCUAUACUGUUUAACUGAACCUGAGUUCUUAUAGUUCUGGAUCCUAGGAAGCCUGUACUUUAUGGUGUAUUUUACACCUUUCGACUGUGAAGAGAGUUGUCUUGCUUCAAAUGUUGGAGCUACAGGCACUUUUUUGGAUGUUCCUUUUAAAAUGACAGCAAAUUGCCUUCUGUGCAGGUCUCUGUGGAUGCUGUCACCUGCCCUUGUCUGCAUUAAGAGCUACAGCUCUUUGGUGUACUUGCUAUUUAAUUGAUGCCUCUGGCUCAAACUAAGGAGAAGUUAAGGAGAGAAACUGAAAUGUUUAAAGGAGAACUUGAGCAGGCAAUGCACCUUCUAGUGGAUAUUUAGUCAUCUUUAUAUGUAAAGGUCAAUUAAUAUCACUGUAUGCAACAAUGAAGGAAGACUUCAUACAAGUAUUCUGUGCCAAGAAAUAUGUGACAAUGACACCACUCACUCAGCCUUAUUCUAUUGUCAUACCUGCAGGUAUAUUAAUGUCUAUGUAUAAUACGUAAUUAUUUCUACAUGCACUAUAUACACUUCUGCCUCUUGUGUCAUUAUUAUUGAAACAUAUUACUUUCCUUUGCAGCUUCAUUAGGUGUCGCUGUGUAUUUUCUAGCUGAUUCCAAUCUAACUUGAAUUUUCUAAUCUAGAAUGACAAUAUAUUAUGAACAGAACAGGAGAAAAAGAAAUAAAUUAAGAUAUUUUUUCCUGUUUUCCACUUGAUAAACUGGCAAUCUCCAUCAGCCAAUACUGUCAAUAAAUACAUCCUGUGUAAAACA